UUGCUUGCUGAGCAAACAGAGAGAAGCUUAUAAAACACCCCUGGCAGCGGGGAGUGUGCACUCUUCUGGUGGCCCUGGGGUGCAGAUGAACGUGGACAUGGGACCCCGAGGCACUUGGCUCCUGGCUGCGCUUCUGCUGGGUCUGUGCGCCCUGGCGGGGGCCCAGAAACCAGACGCCUGCCAGUGCUCGCGCCUGAACCCGCACAACAGGGUGAACUGCGGCUUCCCGGGCAUCAGCAGUGACGAAUGCUUCUCCAGAGGAUGCUGCUUCGACUCCAGCGUCGUCGGGGUCCCUUGGUGUUUCAAUCCCCUCCCGAAGCAAGAGUCGGAGGAAUGUGUCAUGGAGGUCUCGGCCCGCAAGGACUGUGGCUACCCCGGCAUCAGUCCUGAGGAGUGUGAGUCCCGGAAGUGCUGCUUCUCUGACACCAUCCCCCAAGUGCCCUGGUGCUUCUUCCCCAUCUCCGUGAAAGACUGUCAUUACUAAGAGGCAGUGGCUUCAGAGAACCCUCCAGGCUCCUUGGAUGUGCCGAAACAGAAGAAGAAACUCACCAUCUUACAGUUUCGGAUUUCAUGUUUCCCCAACUCCUGGGUUUUCGUCAUCUGCUUUUUAUCCCUUUCAAUGGCUUCACAUAUGAUUUCUUCAAAUAAAGAAAGCCCUUAAAAUCUG